AACCCUCCCAUUCCCCCGACACGCCGUCGGCAUUUUCCUCACUGCGCCGUUUCUUGGGUCUUAAUCUCUUGAAGCAGAGUCUCCGAUCCCAACUGUAGCUCAAAAAAUGUCUGGAGAAGAAGUUGCAGUUGCCCAACCUGAGGCAGCACCCAUCCUUGGUGAGACAAUGGACAUCAACACAGCCUUGCCCCUUGUGGUGAGGAAGUCACAAGCUCAUGGUGGGCUUGCACGUGGCUUACAUGAAGCUGCGAAGGCAAUUGAAAAGCAUAAUGCGCAUCUUUGUGUUAUAGCUGAUGACUGUGAUCAGCCAGAUUAUGUUAAACUGGUCAAGGCACUCUGUGCUGAUCAUAAUGUUAAAGUGCUGCGUGCACCUAGUUCAAAAACUCUUGGCGAGUGGGCUGGUUUGUGUAAGAUAGAUUCUGAGGGGAAAGCAAGGAAGGUAGUUGGUUGUUCUUGUGUGGUUGUCAAGGAUUAUGGCGAACAACAUGAGGCUGUUGAAGUUGUUCAGCAGCACAAGGAUUGAGGAAUAAUGUUGGUUUCUAUGAUAGAAUCAGAGUUCUUUUUGUCAUUCAUGAUUUUGAUAGUAAAUGACAGAUUAAUGUGCUUGAGAAUUUUCUUUUUUCAAAGUUAUUGCAAUGCUGAACUGCUAGGGGUUUCUUAAGUAUGCUACUUUUUUCCUUUUAAAUUUUGUGCCUAGUACGUGGCAAACCAUUUGGAAUUCCAACAGUUUAAUCUGAUGUUUCUGUCUUUAUUCAUCUCUCUUUUUCUCGAUAUAAAUACUAGUUUGAUAUUGGUUUGUUAAUGGGGGUUAGGGCCUGGUUGAGUUUAUCCAAAAACGUCUGAUUCUUUCUUCAAUACGAUCAGUUGGAUCGAAAUCAUUCAUGAGAUUGUGGUCAAGAAUUGUAGUGGCAACAGUUGUUUAGCUGAUCUAAAUUGAGUUUGCCAUUUUAUUUGGCUCUCUAAAAUCUAGUUGUUACAGCCAAAUCAUUUCUUCAUUGUAUUUUAGUUUAAGAAUCUUUUAUGCAUUGCAGCGCACGUUAUCAUUUUUUCAACUCAAGUACAAUACAUAAUCAAGCCUCACUAAACAUCCAAUUUUGAUGCUGUUGACAACGUUGGUAUAUAACCUUAUUAAAAAUUUCAUUUAAUAUCUACUUCUAUACUUUGUAAUUGUUUCAUGGUUUGAUGGGCUUUUAGCUUUUAUAAAUGAUAGGAAGUGGCAUGGUCAGCUCCAUCAAUAUGAAUGGAUCAGUGGGUUAAUCGGCUUUAUAAGUAUUGUCAACUCUCGUUGUCCAUGGAGCUUGAUGCAUGGCCAACCUGAUGCAUUAUUCGGACAUUUAUGACGUAGUCCAGUUCUGUGGUCUGUAUAUUAAGUAAACCACACCCGAUAAGCAACGAGUUUUAUCAACCAUUGCUAUGAAUUUAUGAUUUCAAGCCUCCUGUUCUAUGUUCCAGAUGAUUAAGGGUAAAGUUACUUUACCUUGUUUAAUCCUAUAAACAUGAGAAUUGUGUUUUUUUUUUUUCUUAUUUUAUGGCUUGGGACUUACUCUUCGCUUUUUCGAAUUAUAUCAAGAUUUCACCCCUACAAUUACUUAUUUGUUGGGACAAUAUUCCAUGGGAAGGAUUAAUUUGAGGAUGAGGAAUUAUCACACUGACUCGCUUUCUUCCUUCCCCUUCUUAGUUCAAGAGAAACCUUUUUUAUUGUUUAAAGGAGUGUUGCAACAAAUGAGGUAUUUUGCCAUUGACAUGAAACCCGCCCCCCCCUAAUUCUAAUAAGUAUCAUUAUUAUUGGGAAUUUUCAACUGAAAAAAAAAAAUACAUUUCUAGCUAAAUAGAAUCUAUUUUUGACUCCGUUUAGACGUAGGUAAAUGAAAAUGUU